AUGCGAUUCUGCAGCUUAAUCACCCUCGUUGCGCUGCUCUUGAUCCAGAGUGAAGCUGCCCAUUCCAAAUUCAUCUGCAACGACGGUUCGAAGAAAGAUGCCAAGCACGGCAUAUGUGUGAGGAAGAUUUCUCAACAACACGAUUCCACUAACAAAGAUUUACCACCAUUAAAAGACAUGGAUGUCCUUGUGAUUGACGCCUCCCCCAUGGGCAACGGCUUUACUUGCGCCAAGUUGGAAAUUGCCAAGCUCCCCGUAGAGGCCAGGUAUUGUUGCGACUUCCCACCCACGCAUAAGACUCUCCCUCACACCAAAAAAUACAUCGAUGACCAUUGUUACACUCGGGAUGGAAGAAGAAAACAUCCCAGGGCUUGA